AGGUCCACUCAAGCUGAAAAUUUACAAUUUCUCGUCGUUUCCAAACACAUGACGUUUAUUUGACGUUUUUUUAUACUGAAAAGUCAUAAUUUCAAUUUUGGGUGCUCCACUCAAAGUUAGUCACAAUCACAACGACAAGUUAGUCCAGAACCACCAAGUUUGAAGGUGAGUGCUGAAAUUUAAGGAAAACUUGGUUUAGUAACUGAGCGAGGUGCUGGCGACAAAGAUUAAGAACAUUUCCAUCUCUUGAUUGACAUUUACUAUUUCAUCCGAUUCAUCUAUUCACACAUCUCGGAUAGCUUUAUCCAUAAUUUCCAAUUUGUUUACUGGACUCGUCGUCCUAAAGAAUGAGCAGUAGAGUAAGGAAAGGUGAAAUUAUCGUUUGACGAGAAUAUAUCUUUCGAGCCCAGCAACGGGGUCAACACAUUCUCAACAAAUUGCCUGGAUGUAAUAAGUCAUGAGGACCUCAGUAACACUGCUUGCAUUUUGUCCUUCAAAAUGAUUUUGAUUUCGCAAUUAUUCUAGCGGAAUUUAACAUUUCUUGCUUGGAUAGUAUGCUGGUAAUGUUGACAUAUUUUAGACUUAACUACAUUACAUGUGCACGACAAGCAGUGAAUGCAGAGCGAGAGUUAAUUCAACGACUUCGAGACCGUGGAUUGAACAACAAUCUUGCAGGACGUGGUCGCAGAGUCGAACCUGUUCCAAUCCCUCCUGCAAACGCUAACGACGCUGUUGGUUUCAACAUGGCUGGACGUGAAGAUCGAGGAAAUGGUAAUGCAGCUUCCAGAAACGCAUAUAAUGCUGCCAGUAACUCCACUGUCAAGCGAAAGGCCCCGUCAUAUGGACCGGAAAGCGUUGAAGCUUGGGCUGCCACAGAGAUGGAACAAGAAACUUUUGCCUUCCUCUGGACUUUGAAAGGGUACUCAUCAUUUAGCGGCUCUGGCACUUGCACUGAAGAAGUUAAAUCCCCUGUGUUCCGUGGUGGUCCAAAAAGUCAACACCAAUGGCAGCUUAAGAUGAGUCCGAAAAAAAAGUCAGAAGACCUGGAAUAUUUUGCAGUUCACUUAAUUCUACAAGGAUUCGGAGAUGGAGACAACUCAAAUACAAGAAAACUUAAGGUGCGAUUUCAGAUUAGCUUGUUAGACUCGGAUGGACGUCCUGGGAAGCAAGCUGGUAGUGGAACAAUGAAUGUAUGCGAGUUCAAACGGUGCAGUGUGUGGGGAUACGACAAGUUUAUUCUUACCUCUGAUCUCCUGGCCCCUGCAAGACGUUUGAUUGAUGAAGAUACGCUCAAAAUUCAUUGUAGAGUUUGGAUUGAAGGCGAAGUAAAACACAAGACGGGUAAUGGAGGCGCGUAUUCACCGAAUCUUAUCGAAGAAGACCGCGUGGUCAGACAAAAAGAUCUAUUAUCAAAAGAACUGAGCGUCCUCUUACAAACCACCGAGUUUGCAGACGUGGCAUUGACCACUAAGACAAGAACAUUCAUGGCUCACAAGGCAGUUUUAGCAGCUAGAAGCAAGGUCUUCUCUGCAAUGUUCUCUAGUAAAAUGCUAGAAUCUACAAUGAACACGGUUGAAAUUCCUGAUUUUGAUGAAGACGUUGUCGAAGGAAUGCUCGAGUUUAUGUACUCGGGACAAGUUGAAGGCUUACAUGAUCCUGAUAAGGCUAGUGCUCUUCUUCGUAUCGCCGAAAAGUAUGACCUACCAGGUCUAAAAGAAGAAUGUGAACACAAUAUGGCUGAAAACUUGAAUGUUGACACUGCCAUUACAAUUCUUGUCAUGGCUCACAUCCACAACGCUGCCCUGUUGAAGCUAAAAGUCAUUGAUUUCAUCAAUCGGAAUAAGGACGACGUAAAGAAAACCAAAGCUUUCAAAGAGGUUGCAGUUACCAAUGCUUCAGUAUUUGUGGACCUGUACUUGUCGCAAAAGUGAAGGAAAACAAACAUGUAGUCAAAUUUCAAACUCCUCCGGACACCGUCGUCUUUACUCGCAUCAUCAUUAAGCAAAAAAGCCAUACAACAAUUCAAUACCUUCUAAGAUUAUUAGCUUUAUGUAUCUGCUUCCAAUUUAAUCUAUCUCAUAAAAUGAUUUAAUUACAUAGAUAAUUUAUUGAGCAGUUUAAUGUAGAUAUAUAUUUUUGUCAGAUCACUACACCCUCCCAAAUGUGUGUGCGUUUUCUCUGUAUGAUCUGAAUGGGAUUUGUAUAUGUAUAGAUCUGAAAAUUAUAUGUACUUAUGUAGAGCCGUCUUCUCAAUUAUGUUUAUUAUUCCUAUUUUGUCAGUCUGAUCUCGAUGAGAUUUUACCACAGACACCUUCCCAACUUUGGUUUAACUUUUUUCCCACAUUGUAAGCUUUACCUUUCCCUACAAAAUUGAACGACUGUACAAUUAUUUCAUUGACAAAUAAUUGAACCUAAUACAGUGCUAAUUUGUGCUACCGUUUAUAAUCUGUAAUUAUUACUUUACAACAUUUUUCUAUGAUCCGGUUCCGCCGGGAAUUAAUAUUUGUCUUUAUAAAAUAACCUUCUUCUUGUUCUAACUGCUACUUAUUAGUAUUAUCUAUAUGCUAUUAGGCGUGAAAGAAAUUAUUAUCUACACAAGUAGUUUAAAAUUGAUACAUUUUUCAGUAUUUUCACGCUUCUCGAUUGCUUACUAGAGUAUCUAAGGUCGGUGGUGAAUACAGAUUUAGUAAUAUUUAUUCAUCCGUAUUUGCGUCUAAUUGCUAAUUUUGUAUGUAAAACUCGAUCAGUGAUAAUUUUUGGUUGGAAUAGAUUACCAACAAAAAACGCAAUCAUAUUUCGUAUAGUCUGUAAGUAUGUAUCCUACACACGUAUGUAUUUAUUUACUAAAACUAGAGUUGCGAUUCGCAACUUGCGAAUGCAAAAUGAAUUAUAUACUACACUUAAUGUAAAUAACUGAUUUUUUGCCGUGUUUAUCAAUGGCGAAAUGAUGAAUUUAAGUACAAGAAAAUUCAAAAACGAGUAAUAAAAUAAUUUCAAAAUACCGG